UUCAAAACAGCAUUUUUUGAAUUAUACCCUCGCGUUUCACAAACGACAAUUUUGCUACCAUGGCAAGUGUGAUUGCUAUGUUGCUUUUUUCAACCGACUUCCUGAUGGCUUACGCCCAGGAUGGUCAAGACAGUCAGGUGGCAUCACCAGUUCCGGCUUUGGCAGAACUGCGAAAGCAAAAUCCUUCGCUAUCCGCUCCUGAAGGAAGAUUUCCCCAAUUGUUCUUAAACGAACAAAACCUGUUUUCUGCCGAUCAGCUGUUUAAUGACGGUCCUCCCGUACCUCCUAGCGCUGCGGAUCGUCAGAUUCCCACGCCGCCUCCGCCCACUGUCUCAACAGCGAGUCCCGUGCUGCCUAGUCCACCUUCGGCUGCAGAGGUUUUGCAGGCCUUGCUGCCCAUUCUAACCGUGGCGAAGACGGUAGGUGGUUUGUCCUUGGGAGAUGGGCCGUUAGGUGGACUGCUUGGCAGUGGAUCAUGGGAAAACGCGCGAUAUCUCCCAUCCUUGUUAACUACGAUGCUCACUCGACCGAAUGGCUUCCCCGUAUUGCGUAUUCCACCGACAGUCAGUGGUAGUCUGGUUAGCCCGACUACCGGUCCAGCGGUUGACCAUGACGGAAUAGUGCAGAUCCGGUGCAAUGGUGUACGAUCUCCUGUUUGCGAAGACGCGCCUUUUGACAGAAUUAUUUCUGUUGGUGAAAAUAUCAUGGGAAUCAAAGACAAUCGGGUUUACAACAUCUUACCUGAUGGAACGCCGUCGGAUCCAGAGCCUGUGGGAUUGGAUCCAGCCUUGGAGGGCAUGAGCGCGGCUGUCAGCCUGGCUGGUUCGCAGUACAUCUUCCACGGGGAUCAAUAUUACAAAUAUCUCGAUAAUGCGGGAGACAAUGUCCAGAGUGGAAUGGUCAGCCGCCCCAUCGCCGGUGGGUUUCCCGGCAUACAUGGACCUAUUGAUGGAGUCUUUGCUUUGACCAACGACACCUACGUCUUUAUAAUCGGGAAUAAGCUGUAUUAUUAUCAGCCGCAUGUUAAUCCUCCGGUUGAUCCGGAUUUCAGUCCACAGAUGUUGCAGUCCAUUCCGGGGGCUCCGUCAUCGGUGGACAGCGUUUUUAUGCUGAAUCGUCGACCGGUUCUUUAUCGCCAGGGAAUGCUGUAUGAAUUGGAUCCCGGUCGAAUGAAAAUCAAACGCAAAAUACCACUGAAAACCGCGGAUGGGCGAGGCUGGCUGAAGUGCACCGCGGAUCAGAGGCAAGACUGCAUUACCGUUAGAGUCCCCACCAGUGAACAGCCUAACGCUCUGAAACGGAAACCUCGUCAGAGAUCAACUUUACCGUGACUGUGCACAUCUUGUCGUGGUCUAACUGAAUUUUCUGAGUAUCAUUUUAGAGAAGAAAAUAUUUGCAGCGGAAAUUAAAUAGUCCAGGUAGCUGAAUGGCUGUGCAGAAGCUUGAAUGCUCUAUGUCAAAGCUUUUCUUAUAGCUUUGCCAUCCUGUCGGAUACGAUCACAUGAGAUAUGUUAUUUCUGGAAAAUAGAAGUCUCCUGUGCACGUGACGAUCAUUAAAAGAUUGCUGUUUUCGUGAGCGUGACAAUUAAAGGCGCAGAGAAGAAG